GUCUCUAAGCUUUCUUCGGGUUUAGUCGCUUCGGUGAUGCGGCUUGUAGGAGCCAAGGCAGUCCACAUUCUUGGAGGGUCGUGAGUGCCACCUCCAUGUCCUGCCGCGUCGGCGAAAACUGAAGUAAUGUCUCCGGUGUCUCGAUCCCGAAGCCCUGAGUGGGAGGCCAGUGGUUCCGGAGGAAAACGUCGCAGUUCCUCGAACAGCCCCAAGCCCAGCAAGUAUGCCCGCUCCCCGCGAGGCCACCGCUCCCGUUCGCGCUCGUGUUCUCGGUCUGGUGACCGGAAUGGCCUCAGCCAUCAUCAGAGCGGCCUCAGCCAAAGCUCCCGAAACCAGUCUUACCGCUCCCGCUCGCGCUCGCGAGAGCGCCCCUCUGCGCCACGCAGCACCCCCUUCGCUUCUGCCUCCUCGUCCACCUACUAUGGCGGCUACUCGCGCCCCUACGGCAGCGACAAACCGUGGCCUAGCCUCCUGGACAAGGAAAGAGAGGAGAGCCUUCGACAGAAGUGA